UUCUACGCUGAAAAUGUAGAGUUGUGGUUUCCCUCUUCUUCUUCUUCAUAUAUCUUUGUCUGUUUGUUUAAGCAGUGAGCUCAACCACCACCACCGUCACGCCAUGAAAGAAGACCAAGGAGAACAUGCUCAACAAGAUUCUCCUCCCUUAGACAACAGUACCAAGCGAAAGCUCGACGAAAACAUCCUCCUCGCCAAGCAGAAAGCUCAAGAAAUCGCCGCCCGACUCGUCAGUAAUGCUGAGUCAAAGCGCCCUCGACUGGACACAGAUGACUCUAACUCCGUUGAACCUCUCCCCUACUCUGACUCUGUCUCUUCCAACCCUCCCUUUCCUGUUCCUUUUGUUGCUCAAACAGGACAAUAUCAGGGUUCUCAAGGCCCAGGCAAGAAAAUAAGUAUUCCAAAUGGCAAGGUGGGGCUGAUUAUUGGGAAAGGAGGAGAAACGAUUAAAUAUUUACAAAGUCAGUCGGGAGCAAAAAUUCAGAUUACUAGGGACUCGGAGGCUGAUCCUUAUUCUCUCUCAAGAGAUGUGGAAUUGACGGGGACAUCCGAACAGAUUAGUAGAGCAGAACAACUUAUUAAUGAUGUGAUAUCACAGACAGAUACAGGGAACUCUGCUCCAUCAGCAAAUCAUGGAGCGAACCCAGUUCAGCCUGGAGCAGGACAAUUUAUCAUGAAAGUUCCUAAUAACAAGGUUGCUUUGCUCAUUGGCAAGGGUGGCGAGACUAUAAGGAAUAUGCAAAGCAAGUCAGGGGCUCGUAUUCAGAUUGUACCAUUGCACCUUCCUCCUGGCGAUACCUCAACGGAGAGAAAUGUGUAUAUAGAUGGAUCAGAAGAGCAAAUUGAUUCAGCUAAAGAAUUGGUCAAUGAAGUAAUCAGUGGGAAACGCUUAGUGAAUCCUCCUGGAGCAAAUAACUACAUGCAGCCAGCUUACCCCCCUGCUGGAAAUUGGGUUGCACCACCAGUUCAACAACCUCAGUAUGGGUACGCACAAUCUGGAAGCUAUGUACAACCUCCUGCACCUGCCUCAUACUAUGGUAACUAUGCUACCUCAGUACCGGGUUGGGAUCAGUCAAGCCAGUCUACUGUUUCUCAACAACCUCAGCAGAGCAGUGGAUAUGACUAUUAUGGACAACAAGCUCAGGUUGGCUCUGCUCCAUCAAAUCCUAGCUACACCUACAAUCAGAAUCCUCAUGGGAGCCACGGUUAUGAUCAGAGCUACUCACAGCAGCCUUCAAACUAUGAACAAAAUAUCUCAAGUCAGGUCCCAGUUUCUGAUCAGCCAAACCCGUACGUGAGCUCAGCAUAUGGACCACCUCCAGUGCCAUCAAACUACGACGGAACAUCUUCCUCUCAAACUGCUCACCCAGCACCAACGUAUAAUCAUCAGACUGGUUACUGGUCUUACCCAAGCAACACAAGCCAACAGCCAGUUUACGAUCAAAGUUAUUACCAGACUUACGGAGGUCAGCAGCCUCAGGUAGCUUCUGCUGCGACCCACCCAGGCUAUGGAGAGGCAGGAUAUGCUCAAUCAGCUCCAACACAAGCCAGUUAUGUCCAGGAAACUAAUUCCUCUGGUCAAGGAGGGCAAAAAAUUGAGCAACAAUCUCAGGAACAGCUAGCAACAAAUGGAUUUGCACACUCGUCAGUGCAUGGAGCUCAAAGAGCAACUGAUGGAAAUUCAGAUGGAGUUGGCUCAGCUCCUGCUGUGCAGGAAAGUGCCGAUGCUCAAACCUGAAGUUGGUGGUGGUUAUGAAUGUUCUCUCUAAUUUAGGUGCUUCAUUUGUGAUUCACUUUUGGUAAUACUCUCAUAUACCUUGUAUAACAUUGAUUGCCUUGGACUUUAUCCCAAAUCAGGCAGAAGAGAGUGGAUGUUUUUUAACUGAUCAAGCCAUCUUUGGAGCUCGUGCUCUUAAGAGUGAACUUGAUAUUUCACUUUUGAGCUUUCAUCCACUUUUUCUCUUAUUUAUAGCCAGAUUAUAUUAGGUCUAUGAAACUUAAAUGAUCAAUCCAUCUCCAAUGUAACUGGUACCUUUUUGUAUGCUUAGACUUUCCUAUUAAAAAAGCAAAUGCUAUUUUUUAUUGAA